GCUGAAUUUUGAGUCUUUUUCUGCUUGACAAGUUAACAACGCUUGAAAACAGCUCUUUAAAAAUUAAAGACUUAAAAAAUUCAUAACCACUUUUGUUUGGCUAAUGCUACCGUUAAGUUGACCAACCAAGUUCAAUUUACUUAGCUAAUAAUCCGGAUAGAAAACAAAAAAUUGACAAUCUUUCUUUGGAAAAGAAACUAUUCACAAAAUUAUCCAAACGACAAUGUUUACUUUCAACAGCUACCCUUUGUUUGCUUCUGGACCUCAAUCAAAUCCGACCUCAAUUUCGAACCAGAUGAAACCCAACUUUCAUCUUGGAACCCAACAUAAACCAUCAGUUUCCAGUGCCCAAAUUACACCCCCGGGCGGCAACCAAAAAGCACCUGGACAUUCUAUGGAUCCAUUUACAAUGCAUGGACUUAUGAAGAGUGUUCAAAGUUCACCUCCAAAUUUGACCAACAAUACCCAAUUUAUGAACCAGACCCAACAAUUCUUAGCCCAUUCUAUGACUCCUAACAGACUAGGUAGCUCUCUCGCAUCCGCCGUGUUGCUCCGUUCUAUAACUCAAGCAAGUCAAGCUGCAGUGGCGAACAAUCCAGAACAUUCUAGACUUUUCCCACUAUUUAUGACGCAUCCUGGUCAGACCAGUCCUCAAUUUAACGACUUCAGUCAGUCAGCUGCAAACUCAAUGGGCGGAUUCUUGAACCCCUAUUCGCUUUUGCAAGAGGAGCCGAAACCGAACCACAGUUACAUUGGACUCAUAGCAAUGGCUAUUUUGAGUUCGACAGAGAAAAAGUUAGUUUUAAGCGACAUUUAUCAGUAUAUUCUGGACAACUACCCUUAUUUUCGAUCCAGAGGUCCUGGUUGGAGAAACAGUAUCCGACAUAACCUCUCUUUAAAUGACUGUUUCAUCAAAGCAGGCCGAAGUGCGAACGGAAAAGGACACUUUUGGGCUAUUCAUCCAGCUUGCCAGGACGACUUCGCCAAAGGAGAUUUCCGACGAAGACACGCGCAGAGGAAAGUCCGAAAGGCAAUGGGACUCGCAGUUGCCGACGAUGAGUCGGACGGGAACCGAAGUCCGUCGCCGGUCGCUGCUUCCGGAGGUCAGUUCAGUCCGAUUAAAUUUCAAUUCCAGUCUCCUAAAACCGGACAAGAAAAUAAAAAAUGUGACGACAGUUUGAGAAACCCGACAAUAAAAGCGCAAAAAAGAGAACACAACGAGGACGAAAACGAAAGCUUAAACUCAAGUAUUAGCUCGGAUUUCUCGCCGAUGAAAAUAAAAGCCGAAACCAGCGAGAACGAGAUCGAAAACCUUAAAUUCACCCCUCCAGUUAAGAAACGACAGAAAAGAAGUUUCAACAUUGAGAGUUUGCUUUCACACGACUCCGACACAGAGCAAAAAACGGACGACGAACACCAAAAUGAAAGAAUGUAGUUUUGAUCACGACUCAGUUUUUUUCAAAAAAACUUCGAAAAUGCGAUAUUUUGAAACUCAAUUUGACUGGAUUUUGUGGUCCUAGUUUGUAGAACUUUUGUAUUCUUUUUGCUAAUCUUGAGCCCACAAAGCGAAAUGUGUUGCGUUGUAGUUUGACUUGGCUUCUUGUUUGAUCAAUUGAUUUUUAUUGACAUUUUAUUGUAUAUUUUCAUGAAAAGAUUAUAUAUUGG